GGUUAGACAUCAGUCGCAGUUGAUACCUCUUGAAGAGUUACUACUACAGAACACUGUGUUAAAAUUAAUAUAUUUCUAACUUCAAGUUAAAUUUUAAUUAAAAGGAAAUAUGUUUCGUUUAACUGUUGUGUGCUUGGCGCUUUUCUUAGCUUCGGUUUCAGCCACGAAUGUGAAACAAUGCACAAAUGGUAGACCUUUCCCUUUGAGCGUUGACAUCGAGGGAUGUGCCACCAUGCCCUGCAAUGUGGUCAAGGGCAGUACCGUGGUCAUGAAAGCCAACUUCGUGGGCACACGCGAUAAUAUCAAAUCCAUCAAGGGUGUGGUCCAUGCCACCGCUUUGGGGCUGACAGUGCCCUACCCAUUGCCCGACGAUGUUGCCGAUGUCUGCCGCAAUUUGUUACAUGGUGCCUCAUGCCCCAUCGAUGAGUCCGAGGAUGUCGUUUACAACUUCAACUUCUACGUUGAUUCCUCUUACCCAGAAGUCAGUGUUAAAGUCGAAUUGGAUUUGGUUGAUGAAGGCAACCAAUCCGUGGCCUGUUUCGUUACCGAUAUUAAGGUGCAGAAAUCUUAAGCUGAAAUUGAACUAGAGAUGAAAAACUUGUUAAAACGCUUAAAUUUUGCUUUAAUAAACCAUUGAUAUUUUGCAAAUAAAAAUAAAAAAAACACUGAAAUAUUUGUUUAAAGGA